CAAAAUCAUAUUAUUUUGUGUUUUUUAAUAAUACAUGAGUAAUUUGAUUAUAUUGUUGUUGUUCAUGAUUUCUGCUUUCCUGCACUGCUAGGACACGAGGACCUGCCGACCAGGGUGGUGUUGUAGGUUCAGUGUAAAACAAGACCAUUAAAAAAAGUGAUCUUUUUAUAUUACAAUCACUUAUUUGGUACGUAAUUGGAAUGAGGCAGACAUAUUAUAUGUCAGGUAAUAAAAAAAACUAGUAGGUAGAGUACGUUAGAAACAACUUUUAUUAGUAAAAGUCACCGCAAGAAAUCCUAUGGAUUUACUUGGAGGAUAAUGAGAGUGACCAGAAAGCAUUUAUUUGUUACAUAUUACGUAUAAACCUACUGAAGUUCAGAUGUCAGGGAAUUAUAAGUAUCUUUGACAACGACACUACAACAUAAUACACCAAUUGAACCGGGACUUGGCCGAAUAUAACAAAAUUCCAGUCCAGUGCCUAAUUUGCUUCAACCCGCAACAGGUAUGUUUUUUUGGAGAGUAUUGUGAAGGAGAACUUAGUGUAGCUUAGGCGUUGCCUCCUCCGAGCGUACAAAACGUGCGGGCUGUGGGGGCGGGCCGUGCUGUGCGGCGGGCGGCGGGCGGCGCGCGCUCAGUUCUCGCCGGGAGCCCGCCGCCGGCCGCCGCACAGCUCGCGUCAUUCGGCUAUGGACAUGGAGCAUUUCAUCGAGGCCGUGCGCCGCUACCCCUGCCUCUGGGACACAGCCGCGCCGGAGUACCGCGAUCAGGAGUUGAAGGACGCCGCCUGGGCAGACCUCGUCAAGGAGACCGACCUCUCUUCUGUAAAAGAAGUAAAGCUGAAGUGGAAGAAGCUGCGCGACAGCUACCGCGAUGCGCUGAAGCGUCAGAGCGAAGUGGCGGCGGGCGGCAAGCGUGGCAGCGCCUGGAAGUACACUCACCUAAUGCACUUCCUACAGCCGCACAUGAACGCCCGAAAGAAGCCGCCGUUCCCGCAGGCGGCGCCGCGCGAGCCCAGCGCAGAGGUCGGCGAGGGAGAGCGCGUCAACGGGCACGAAGGGAGCGAAGACAGCUGCUCGUCGCGGUCGUCGACGCCGAGGCGGCGGCGCACCCGCCCCGCGCCCCUCAAGCGGCCUCUGUCGCCGCGACACCAAGAGCUGCCCGACCCGCUCGACAUCUUUUUCAACAGCAUGUGUCAGUCCACAAAACGGCUUCCGUACCCGGCGCAAAUAAGAAUAAAAAAAGCGUUAUUCGCAGCCGUGAUAGAAGCGGAGGAGGGGCUGUUGGCGGAACAGCAGAACUAUGCGGCCUUGUGGGCGCGCGAGGCCGCUUCCACCUCGGGCAGUGAGCCUGCCGGGCAGCAAGAGGACGUCAAGCCUUACCCGUGAACGUCUCGAUUGGGUCGUCGGCGAUUAACGAACAAUAUAACUGACAUUUUUAAAUUUUAAACCGUUAUUCGGUCGAUCAUAACAAAAUGUUUCGGGACAGCUUUUAUAUUGAAAUCGAUUUCAUAUUAUUUUUUAAGCUUUUGUUAAUGCAAACUCAAGACGCAACUAAUAUGUCUGCUGACCUUUUUGAUAUAGCAAACUAUUUGUUAUAAAAGUAUCCGAUAUGUUUCAAAUUAUGCAAAUACUUUCCAGCUAACCUAAGUAAUAAAUUAAUGUCAUCUAGGAAAUAUUUUGAUGAUAUUCUUUUACGUUUGGUUGACCUAACAUGUUUGAUUUCACCUUUAUACAUUUUGGCGUCGCGUUCUGGUCGUUGUUUAAAAAAGUCGUUUUUGUUUGUAAAAGUGACUGCUUCCUGACACCUGAUCGCAAAUAUAGGACGAAUCAAGCAGCUGUUUUGUGUUGUGGUCAGUUGAAAAGAAACAAAAGUUAUUAUGAAGUUAUUCGCCAUACAAAGCUUUUUCAUAAUUUUGUUAAGAUUUAAGACUAUACCGUUUAAACAUAGGUACUUUACAAUCUAAGGUACCGGAGUGGACUUGAUAACAUGCAAAAGACACCUUUGCGCUUAACACAUUACCAUAUUACCGAAUCCCUGCAGCCGAACCUUCAAUGAGCGGGUGACUGACUGACUCACUCAAACAGCUUUGGCUAGGAUGCGUACAUACUACAUACGCACCCAGGCCAUACACAUUGCAUUGUGUAGUCCGCUCCAAAGCGCUUGACAUAACCUGGAAGUGAUGGUUGCAACCCAAAUUAUUUCUAGAAGAACCUACCCUUUCUUUUUCCAACAUACUUUCAACGAGGUGUUACUCGGCUUGCCUGUCGAAAAUUUCUCAAAUGCUAUAGCAGAGCUUAUAGCUCAAUUUGGCAAAACUUUGAUGCUUAUUUCAUAAUUGUUAUAAAAUAUUGAGGAUAUCCGAUUAAUAAUUAUAAUGUUGAUGUCGCUCUGAUAACCAAAUCUCUUGUCAAAAUAGUUAAAUGUAAAUUUAUAUUUAGAGAUUAUACGAAACUGUGCUUUUAAACAAAUAUA